AUGUGUGUGAACUGUUGUACUAUUCUAAACACUAGGAACUGUCCGGAUUUCGACUUGUGUGAGGAAUGCGAGGUUAUUGAAGAUAUCCACGAUCCGUCGCACGUCUUCCUCAAACUGCGCUACCCUGGUAUUGGCAUUGGCAGAAGACAUGGUGUCAUGAUACCGUUUCUCAAAGACAUCAUUUACAAGAGCAAAGAUGUCGAAUUGUAAGUGUUCAUUGGAUAAUUUGUUCAUUGCAAACUUUGGAUAAUGUUGCCAACUAUAUAUUAGGUGAGGGUCUUGAUGGGGGGUGGGGUCUGAAAAUCAGUAAACGGUAAAAAUGUUGGUAUUUUAAACGGUAAAAUUUUGGUAUUUUAACGGUAAAUCUUUGAAAAGUGUUCUGAAAUGAUAAACAGUAUUUUCACGACUGACGGUAACCGGAAUUGAGUGAAUCACGAUCCAACACCCUCUUAGCAGUCUUAGGUGUAUCGUACAGUACGUGGGUUUGUAGCGGUUUGUGCGGUAAUUUUUCUUCUACCGUAAACAAGUUGUUAAGCUUUUUUCUAGAUAAUCAUCAUACACUAGCACUGUCUGUUCAAAUGGUUCUUAGAGAUCCAGUGAAGGUCUAACACUCCUGUGCUACUACAAGAGGAACUAGAAUACCUGGAGAAAACCUGCGAUAUUUGAAAGAGUCAUACGACGGAGGUGAAAUUAUAAUCAGACAACUUGCAGGAAUCGCAUUGCGGCACGAACACCUCAACCAAAUAUUAAUGCAGAGGUUCAAAUUUAAAUUCCGCUACCACUACCUCUCACUGGCUUAGCGCGCAUUUGAUUGGUUAAUCGGAUAUAUGAAACGCAUCCGAUUGGUUAAUGGUCCUUUAAAAUGGUAGUGGAAGUCAAAUCUGAACCUCGGUACUACCGUUACACAGGGCGGAAGAGCAGGACAAACGAAUGAAAGAAGUUCGCAAGAAGUUGAAGCAAUCGGCAAAGAAGAAAAGAGAAGAACAAGUUGGGAAGAAGAAAGCCGACAAGAAAAUGAAGAAACUUCAAAAACCUGGGUAAAUACUUGGUUUGAUUGUGCAGGAAAUUAUAGGAAAACAGAUUGAGUAUAAACAUGUUUCGUGCAUUUAGGGGCAGCAUCAGUAACGAUAAUCUUGCGUGCGGUGGUUACGACCUGCUAUUCGUUGGUGAUGGAAGCUACCCUGAUGGCACAGAAGUUACACCAGGAUUUGAGGUACUACUAUACAAAGUUAAUUUUUAGCUCUGAUCAAACUUAAACAACAUAGGCUUACGAAAUUCUCCCCCUAAUUCUCUAAAGAAUCCAAACUCCUUCUUAUCCCGUUUCCUUCUUUUAGUCAACACAAUGUAGAAAGCCUGCUCUGUUUUCGAAUGGUCAGUCCCUUAUGCACAAAUUUCGUUUUGUGUUUAAUUUAGUUCACAAAAUGUUGGAAGAUCCGAAACACUGGAACUGUUGCAUGGAACAAAGAACCAAAGGUUUGCUUUCGCUGAACUUUAAUUGGUUACCUGUGUUCCAUUCUAUGCUUAAUCUAUAGUCGUGUGAGUUAUCAGAGAAUCCGCAUUUCAAAUUCUAUUUUGUUUUGCAGUUGAUGUAUCUGUAUGGAGGAUUGCGGUGUAUGUUGUCGACCGCAGUGGAACUGCCUCAUUUAGAGCCUGGUGAUGAAGGAACAGUCAUGGCCACAUUUAUUGCACCUCCGGAUAUCGGCGAAUAUAUCAGGUGAGACAGAUACAGUAACGCGAGAUUUAUAGAUUCUUCUUGCCUUGCGUGGUCACUAAUGUGACUGUUUAAGGUACGUUUACACGCUGCGAUUUGUAGGGCCGAGACACACCGGACGCGAUUCGACAACGCGACGCGAUUUUUAGUUUUUGAAAGUUAAUAAAACAGCCAAUGAGAGCAAAUUUUAAAAGAUAUGUAGACCAAAUAACUCAAAAUGUUAUAACGCUUCUAAGUAUUUGGAAAAUGUAAACUAGGAUCAAAGUUAUCGGUCAGUGAAAAUCGAAAAAUCGCGUCGCGUUGUCGAAUCGCGUUCGGUGUGUGUUGGCCUUUAAUUAAAUUAUAUUUGAAAAAUACGCUGUCAACGUCAUCUGGCGACAUCGUCAACAGACAACAUUCAUCAUUAACAUUCGGCAAAACCUGAAAUCGGCCCGAUUAAUCGCAGCGUGUAAACGUGUACCUUUAGUUGGCUGUCCAAUAAUGCGAGCAAACAGUUCACGUGAUUUUAGUAUAAAAUGUGAGGCCUAUUCUUACGUACGUUGUGUCUUUAUUCUUACUAGUGUAUGGCGUGCAACAUCAUCAUCAAUGUGCGGUGGGAUAAAUUUCGGCAGCAAGAUCUGGUGUAAAAUCAAAGUCGUACGGGAAGAAGUACCAUCAGGUAUGUUACGUUCUGAGCCACUGAGGCUGUAAGCCUCUAACCUUACAAGUUGAAAAGAGUAUUUCUAGUUUUACUCUACCAAACACGCAGUAAGGGACAUGUACCUUUGUGGACCUUUAAGGAGAACAGUUUAGAAGUGAUCGAGUUAUUUUGGAUGCAAAACCAGUUUAGAAGUGAUCGAGUUAUUUUGGAUGCAAAACCAGUUUAGAAGUGAUCGAGUUAUUUUGGAUGCGAAACCAUUACUAACCUUGCUGAACAUGCUUCUUUCAGACAACGAUGAGAUCUUUGUAGAUGCAAACGAAACAUCCGUUGCACCCAUGCAAGAGUCAACUCAUGCAUCUGUUAGCGAACCAGAUGCUGAGAUGUUGAACGAAGACAGUUCACCAACAACGGCAGAUCCUAUUUUCCAUGCCUAUACAACGCAACAAAGCCAAGAAGAUGAGAUUGGUGCGGCAGGGGUGGACAAUUCGGAGAAUCAAGCAACAAGUAGCGAUGUCUCAUUGCUUGAAUGUAAUGAAUUGGAGUGGGAUACGUGUGUAGUGGAUGAUGACGCCCCCGUCAUUGUUAACGAAGGUACACUGAUAAGAAACGGAAUAUGGUGGGGGGGGGGGCGGGGUUAAUUCAAUUCUUCUAGGAAACUUUAACGAUCUUUAGUUGUAUGUGUAGUGCUAAAAAUUAAAAACUCGCAAAGCCUGCAACGUCCCCAUGGUGGCCGCGCACAAAUAUAUACAUAUGCUGGUCAUGUGAAAACCAUUGGGGGCCAGACUGGUCAUACUGCACCACAAUGUCGGCACUCGAUAACGGCUGGAAUCCAAGCCUAGCUAAUUUGAUCCCAAUUCUCCGGUCAGAUCGGUUUUAAGUGUUCCAUUCUUUUGCCCAAACGUUUUUAAGUGUUCCAUUCAACAAUUUGAUCGGGCCGUGUUAAUGGAAAGCGCCCUAAUAUUAUAUUUAUUUCCCUACCAGAUGACGAGGAUUACAUUGAUGUAAUAAGCAACGCAAGUUCAGACGAUUUCUGUGUCGUGCCACUGCCAGCAUGUUUUAACCCGGAUAUUCCGCUCGACUUUGGACCGGGACCAUCGGUGGAAGCACCAAUGCCCUUGGCACAAGAGUUGGAGACUGACGUUCAUGUGGGAUCACCUGCAGAUCAACAGGGAUCAUCUACAGAUGGACAAAACCCGACAGGAGAAUUUGAAGAAGAACAAUCCGUAAGUACCCACAGGCAUUCAUCAUGUACAUGCAGGCGUCGUGUGUGAUGAUUGCAGUUGUUGGAUUGGUAGGGUACAGUAUGGAGUUGUGUGGUACAAUCCGUAAGUACCCACAUACAUUCAUCAUGUACAUGCAUGCGUCGUGUGUGAUGAUUGCAGUUGUUGGAUUGGUAGGGUACAGUAUGGAGUGGUAUGGUAUGGUAUGGUAUGGUAUGGUAUGGUAAUUGUUGAAUAGUUUACCUAACCAGGAGCAACUAUAUAGGCCCUCUGGCAGGAAUCGAACCUGCCGCCCUGUGAUUCCGGUGCAGUGUUCUAACCAACUGAGCCACAGAGGCCAGUCGACCAGUGUAGUGUGAUAUGUGUUAAUCUAUGGUAUAAUGGGGUGUGGUUUGGCAUGGUAUGGUGUGGUAUGAUUUGGUGCUGUUCAAUUCAGCGCACUCUAAAUAAUGUAAGAUAUUUAGUAAAAGUUUAAAACGGAAAUAUUGAGAGUGUUUCUCAACAAUAAUUUCCAUCCGUAGGAGGAAAGCCUACCCACAGCCGAACCAGAAGAAGAUGAAACCGUGGAUCCAGAGGACGAUGACAUAAGAUACAUCCCUAUUACCUCCGACCGCCCAGCCGAAGAUUCACGGGAUCUGCCUGAGCAAACGACGUCAGUACCAAUAAAUAUUGAAUUGAGAAAUGCAGAAAUGAGCGAUCAACGUCCACUAACAAUGCCAGGUUUUGAUGCGAGAUCAACAAUAAGCGAACCCGUAGCCCCACAAACAGCUUCCUUUGAACGCACCCCCCUAAUUUAUGGGCGGUUACCAGCAUCACCCCCCGGGAGAGCAGUGCCUGUUGUUCAAAUCCAGAUCACCGAGUCCGGUGUCGGACGUGCUGACUCGGGCCCAGGCUCUUACGAAGUGGAGGUGGCGACUGGAGGUCAAGGCGAGUGGCAAGCUGUUAGAACCCAACCUCCUGAUGUGGUUCAUCAAAUCUCAGAGGAAGAGGAGACAGGUUGGUGUCUAGAAAAGCCAUAGUUUCCAUCUGAUUAUAUUUUUCUGCGUAAGCAUGAGAGAGGUUUUGGGUGAGAUAUGCAACAUUUAGAAUAACACACUUUACACUUUUGCAAAGGCUAAAGCCUCAUUUACACUAUCAAAGUUUCUGUGGUCAUAGUAGGAAUUUGGCAUGGGGAAAUUCUAAGUUUUGAAGGAAUUGUAAGAAAUUUUUGAGCAAACUGACUCAGUGUUAAACACUGAGCCAGUUCCCUCAAACAUUCCUUACAAAUCCUUCAAAACUUAGAAUUUACCUUUGCUGCAAAAUUCCUACUGUGAUCACAGAAACUUUGAUAGUGUAAACCAGGCUUAACGCAUGAACAUUGUACAAUAUUUCAGUGACAAUCCAACCUCGAGGAGCGACUGGUGCAAGUCCACAAAGUACAGCACAGUUUGCAUCGACCUUCGUGACUGGAACGCUAAAACGAGCACUUGGUUCUGUUACUGAUACCGUCACCUCAUUCAUGACUGGUAAAGAUACUCCCUCUACUGUUGUUUACACGCCGCCUAAUGGAAGUAGCGAUAACGUUCAUGUUGUUCAUGUCGUUCUACCAGAUAUCACCGUAAGUACAUCUAGUGUUGUAUAAACUUUGGUUGUGACGAUCGACUAGAGUGUGGACUAGAGUGUCGCUUUGUCUCUACAGUCAGUAAAGACUGAUUUACGUACAACACACAAGACAAGAUAAAUCCAGACCGUUUCAGAUGAAGUGUAUGUACUAGACUGUCGAUAUAUCCGCGCAAUCAGUAAAAGAUUAAUUUGCAUACACUGUGCUGAGUGGUUAUAUUACUACCUUAAAAAAUAAGCAGAAACUCGACGUUUCGAGCGAAGGCCCUUCGUCAAGAGUUAGUAGCCUUCGCUCGAAAUGUCGAGUUUCUGCUUAUUUGUUAAGGUAGUAAUAUAACCACUCAGCACAGCAUUUUCACAUUGGUACUACCCACACUGGUACAGACAGUUUUAAUUUGCAAACAGCAUGUCACACAAAACAAGCUGUGACUUUCUGGAGGUGCAGAGGUGGACACCCACAAAAAAGUUACAAUCCCCUCAGACAAACACCAAUCAUUGUAUACUGACAUGGCGUUCUUGCUAUAGUUUCCAGGAGCCCCCCUCCCUCCCUCCAGUGAAAUAUCUCCACCCCAGCCUUAGACGAGUGCUGAGCCUGGGUCCGCCUCCAAUACUUAACAGAGUUGGUUCACAAUUGAAUACUAAUCUUCUUAUUCUCAUAGCAACCUGUGGCAGAAACCCGAGAAAAUGAACCUGAUACAAGAGUUCUGAUUGAGCAACUUCGUGAAAUGGGGUUCUGUGAUCGCCAGUUGAAUGAAAGAUUGUUACGAAAACAUAACAUGGAUGUGAACAAGGUUGUCACGGAAUUAAUUCAUGUAAACGACAAUGACUGGUCUGCCGCACGCCAUUGAACUUAAUUAACACUACAAAAAGUUUGGGUGUCGUCGGUAUUGGCCAUGCAAUUCACCGAUUAAAUAUUAAAAAACCGUUUGAAAAUAUGAGUUUGUUAGAUUUAUCAAAGAAGACUGACCAGCCUCGUUUUGUCCUUAACCUCGUACACUCUGCUGAAAAAUUGUUUUUAGCCUGAUAAUGAUAAAAAUAUAAAAUGCAAAAUUGUGGUGGCGGUUAGUUUUCGAAUCGGGCAAUACGCUUUUAAAAUAUAAAACAUAAAUAAACAUUUACAUUGUAGUGUAACUGAAGUAUUGCCCAAUUCAGUACGUGAUUCGUUUGUUUUGUAAUUUAAUUUUCACAUUAUUGUAAUUUGUAUAUACAGUAUAUAACGUAAAAUUUGGGUGGGGGCAGUGCAAGUGACAACACUAUUAUAUAUUAUUGUGCUAUUGCACGUAGAUUUACAUUCACAGCACAUAGUAUAGUCUCUAAUCUGUAGAAUUUUUAUAGCCUAAACACUGGAUACUUUUCUCAAUCAUAUGUUAUUAAUGGUAAGCAAACGAAACAUAAUUAUAGUAUGUCGAAAUAAUUCUAAACUUAGAAACAUAAAGCUGUGUUGUAGAAUAUAAAAAGACGACAAAAUAUAUGUGUGGAGUUAUAUGUCAUCAUAUUCAUGCCUUUGUCUGUAGGCUCAAUCAUACCACAGG